AUGCGAAUUCGGGUACAGAUUGAUAAGUGUGUAAAAAGCAUCAUGAUCAAUUACUUCAACAAGUCCGUUUUAUCUUUGAAGAGAGAGAUAGAGCAGGAGAGAGAAAGAGAGAGUAGCAAAAUAACUCCAUUUUUUGUGCUUCCUUCGAAAAUAUCAAUUUAUUUUAAUGUUUAUUUUUAUUUUAAUAGUGGCAAUGAAGAAGGAAUUUGCACAUGCUCCGGAUAUUUUUACGACAAGAAUUUGAAGGCAUGUAAAGAGUGUCUGCCUGGAUAUAUGGGUCAGACUUGCUCACGAACAUGUCGUUACCCUGGAUUUGGUAAACAAUGUCAACAUGAAUGCUUUUGUGGGGCAGAACACUGCGACUUUCGAAAUGGCUGUUUAAAUAACUCUAUUGUGAAUGCAACCAAUUUGAAGAAGAAAAACUUUUCAUCUUACUUCAAAAUAAGUAUCAUGGGAUCAAUAUCCAUUAUAACGACAAUAAUAAUAGCGAUAGCAUUUGUUUUCUUUCUAUUUUUGCUUUUAACACGAAUUCUAAUUCUCCAUCUAAAGAACAAAAACACUCUAAGUGAACCGAAUGCUGCAGCUUCUGUCCUUGUGGAAAAUGAAUGGUACAAUAUGGACGUCCAGCGUUCUUCAGAUUUACCCCCACAGAUUCUAACAAAGGUAGAUGGACAACCUUUCAUUGAGGACUUGCAUACAACUGACAAGCAAAUUGGAAAUUGCGGAGAGAGAAAUUCGGAGAAAAAGACAACCGAUGUUCUGGGAAACGAUUUCGAUAAUACAGACACAAGGGAUGGAGAUAAUGUGUAUAUGUUUACAUUUGCAUCUUUUGGAAGUGAGAUAAUGGGGAAUUCAGUUCACGCAUAUUCUACACUUCAGAACAGCUAUUUAGCGUUUAGAUCAGAAAUGAACGCAUAUCUAACAAAAUUAUGUCUAGCUUAUUUAAUUGUUUUGUGUCAUAUUUAUAAAGUGAGCGGUCGUUGCCAACCGAACAAUGAAAAAAUGUGCUGUUUCGGAUACUUUUUCGAUGGGAUGUCGAAUGAAUGCAAAGAAUGCCCGUUGGGUUACAUGGGUUUGAAUUGUUCAUUUCCGUGUAGAUACCCAAGUUAUGGUAAAUCAUGCCAAAACAAGUGCAACUGUCGAGAAGAAUAUUGUGACAUUUCUACAGGAUGCAAGAAGGGGAAAGUGCACCUUCCCAUUCGAAAAGGUCUUAAUGCAGUUGUUGAAGGUCGUUUGAAUUCAGCCAGAAACAAUGCUGAUUUAAAAUCCAAGCUAAUCCCAAACCAAACUGCACAUCCUGCUAAAGAGACAAUGGAUAAACCAAACAAAUCAAAGUCAGAAUUACAAACAACUACGAUCCUCAUUGGUGCCGUGGUUGCUCUUUCUUUAAUACUUCUUGCCACUGGGUUAAAGUUUUCCUGGAAAAGGGUAAAGCACACCUGUCUGAGAAAUAGAAGAGAAGAUACCAACAUGCCAAAUAUAAAAGUCGAGCUAAAAAGAAUUACGUGUGAUUAUGAGGACAUGAAAGAAAAUUUAUAUGAGGAUCUGGACGAAAAGGAAACUUGCGAUGACAAAGAGAAAAAGAAUGAAGGCAAUGCUGAAAAUGAUUACAAUGACACUCUCAAAAUCAUAAAGAUGGGAGGGAACAAAAAUGAUGAACGAGAAUCCAAACAUUUUUAUGACGCUUUGAAAUGACAUCAUGCGUUAGAACGUAUGCAGGGCAGGAAAAUGUAUAUAGUACUCAUAAAUUCUUUAAAUGGUUAUAUAACGAAGAUUCUAACAAGUGCAUUGGGAAAAUGUGUGUCGUUAGGGGAAGAGGAUGAGGCUUUUCAACAUGAAAACAGUACAUAAUAAUAAUUCCAAUUAAUGCCUGCAAGUAAAGCUGUUUAAAAUUGACACAUUCAUUGACCUUAACUAGAAGGGAUCGAAAGAGACAAUGAACAUACAUCAAAAACUUUGUUAUUUUGAUUAAUUCUGACGGAUUUCACGUUUUAUCUGAGUUAUGUUGUUAACUUUCUUCCUGAAUCAAAUGUUUCUCUUUGUCAAAGUCAAUGAACAACCUAUGUAACAUGUACAUUUACAAAAAAAAAUCAGAUUUGUAGUAUCAUUUUCGUUAUUUCUUAAUGA